CCGCGGCAACUUCUCCCAAGCGCGUGGUAACGUAACAAUCGCUGUGUCCGUCCGCGACUAAUGUUUGGGAGAGGGAGAACCCUGAAUCCACCCGCCACUGAUAAUACUGCAGUACGGACGGGCCAAUCGACGAGGCAAAGGGCGCGAUUCGGGAAUGACGGCUGGCUAUCUCAGGCACCGUCAGUAAUCUUUACCCAAGAGGAAGGUCAUUACUCAAUCAUUCAAGUCCUCCCCGCAAAUCAUCUGUGCAAGGUUUAUCUCAGACAAGAAGCUCGUCCAAACAGCGUGCUACAAAUUGUCAUAUGACGUACAACCCUCAAGUAAGAACGUGAGCCCAUUCCCUUUACAGGAAACUCCACGAGCGAUAUAGGGUUAUCUAGAGCGUCAGUUGAUUUGAUAAUACCGUGAUGAUGUGCUAGCCAGCUUCUCGAUACGGAAUGAUAUGGUCUUUUGUGAUAUGGGCUAUUGGCCUUGAUGUCGCAGGAUGCUCUUCAAAAGUUCAUCAAUCAUGAUGGGUAAGCGACAUGGUGCAUAGCAUCGCAUCUUAUCUCCGGUCAUUCCCAAGGCCAAGCCGGCAGCAGCCGCCAUUUUCCCUUGGCGAUUUCUACCAUUUUUUGUGCCGCAUUUCGCCUCAGCUGAUUCAAUUGCCAUCAUGUCUCCCGAUGGUGUUGCUAUCACCACUUUCACAACGUUGUGAAAGUCAGUACACCACUAUUACCUAAAAUCAAGAGAUCGUCGCCACGCCGCUUAUCUCCUAACCCCAUUCUCCAUUCCUGUCAACUGCACCCCAUGUUUUCCUCAUCUCCAUCUCCAUUUCUCAACGGAGAGAGGCCUGAGGCUAAUGCAUGGGGUAACGGUUCACUCUGUGUCAAGAAAAUCAAGGAAGGCGGCCGAUUGCAACCCCCCAUGUCUAGUAAGCUUCAGAGGCUGCAUGGAAGCCAAUCACGCCCCUCGCCGUAUUUCCGUGAACGCGUUGUUUUUUCCUGGGGUUUCAGGGGGUUCAGCUGGAUGGUGGCAUGGGCUAGCAUAGUUUUGGUUGUUCAGGAGAGAGAGCCUCAACAAGCCUUGAAAAACCGUAAAACCGUAUCUUGUUACCGAGGUGCCGAGGUUGGGAAAGAGUUUUAAGAAUGAGAUUAUGGAGGGCGGGAUCUAAAAAGUCAAAAUAGACGCGUCCGAAGCUGACGAAGAUUGUCGUAUUCAGGGUAGGUUGGGUUGGUUGCAGAUGGUACCUUGCGCUGAGUACAGUCAGCAAUGGCGAUGGCUCGC